AUGACAUCAGCAACGAGGAAACGUAAAGCGAAAGAGCAAAUCGAAGAACCUCGUCAAUCUAAAGCGCCACCCAAGCGGCGUAAAAACACAGCGGUCGCUAGAACCAGCGACCGCGCUACUAUCGAGCUGUUGGACUUUGACUAUUCAAUAUAUCAAUCCCUCCUCAACGCUGCUCAAAAGCGAAAACUUUGCAACGUUUACAUAAGAGCGAUUGUUGACUUCUCGCUCCGGGAGAUUCAAGACGACACUAAGCGUAGCAGGAAGAAGAUUUUCACCAGCACGGUUGAUGGUCUCAAACACGUGAAGAAUCUCGUGCUAGACGUGACCUACGAUAUUGUUUUGGACGCGUGGGGUCCAACGCCAGACGAAUUGGAACUAGCUCGAGCAGCUGUAGACUGUCUCAGACCUCUGCAGGCUAUUUCUUUGAAACAAGUCACUGUUCACCUAGGAGAGAACUUCCCAGGUCUCGGAUCUGACUACAAUUAUCCAGGCCAGGCAGAGAAUCCAGAAAUCUCAGGCAUCGCACAGGAGCUGCGUUCGGCCCUUUUGAAUGAGAAUGGAGCCAAGUUAGCGGCAAAGGCUCGGGAGCGCAAAAAGCCUGUAUGGACAGAAGGAAACAUCCGCAAGGACUAUCAGAAAACAGAGUCGCUGUGCCGCGCUGUUUUCAAAAAUGCUAGACGCGAGAUCAAUAGAUAUCCCGGCGAUCGGCGCAGAGCGAUACAGAUGUUUCUUGCCAUGGAGAAGGCCGCUCCGCGUCAGCAAUAUAGAGGGCUCGCGUCUUCCUUGUGGAAUGUCAACGACCCAGUCUAUCCACUUAAAUACGCCAUAGUAAGGGUUGCCAAAUGGCAGUUGACGGAACGUAAGAAGAGGGAAUUGUGCAAUAAGCGACUCAGCAAGUUUUCUGGUGCGAAGAUGAUCGAGGAUCCUCAGUAUGAGGGCCUUGAGGCGUACGGAGAGAACAGCUCCCAUGAAGGCUUGGCGUCAGUCGUGUGUGAGGAAACGCCUGAUUUUGAUGACCCUGUGGAAGAUAUGAGCUCGGUGGAAGAUGAAGAUUCAGGAAUUGACGAGAAGGCAGAAUAG